UGAACCUCUUUGCCUCGAUGUCGUGCAACUUUAAUAUCGCUCUGUAAAAGGUUUGUCACAGGCUGAUGACCCCUUCCAGGGGCUGAGCUGCGGAGCGAUGAAGACAGGCUCUCAGAUCCGCCUGUUGUUGUGGAAAAACUGGACUCUCCGCAAGAGACAGAAGAUCCGCUUCCUUGUGGAGAUCUGCUGGCCGGUGUUGUUAUUCAUUGGUCUGGUGUGGCUGAGGAAAGCAAAUCCACUGUACCAGCAACAUGAAUGUCACUUCCCCAACAAGGCCAUGCCCUCCGCAGGCAUCCUGCCCUGGAUGCAGGGCAUCUUCUGCAACGCCAACAACCCCUGCUUCAGAUACCCAACCAGGGGAGAGUCUCCAGGAGUCGUCUCCAACUACAACAACUCAGUACUGGCUCGGUUCUAUGUCGACGUCCAGGAGCUUCUGCUCAAUGAGGCCGAGGUCCAGCAGCUCGGACGACUUUGGGGAGAAAUGACGUCUUUCUCAAACUUCAUGGACACGUUACGGAAAAACCCAUCAGUGGUGUCAGGCCGUGGGCUCAAGAUAGAAGACAUUCUGAAGGACGACGAGGUUCUCACAGCCUUCCUGCUGCGAGACGCCGGCCUCUCGAACUCCGUCAUCCACCAGCUGGUCAAUGCACAGCUGCGACUGGAACAGUUUGCCUAUGGCGUCCCGGACCUGCAGCUGAAGGACAUUGCGUGCAGUCAGGCGUUGCUGGAGCACUUCAUCAUCUUCCCCAGUCGCAUGGGACUCCACGUGGUCCGCAACGCCAUGUGUGCCCUCAGCCAGCAAAGGCUGCAGAAGAUCGAGGACAUCCUCUACUCCAACCUGGACUUCUUCAAGAUCUUCAAACGGAUGCCUCAGGUUCUGGACAGCAGCUCCCAGGGGGUCGACCUGCACUUUUGGGGUCGGGCCCUCAAGGCGUUGUCAGAGAACGUCCAACUUCUGACGGAGCGGGCGAGUUCUCAGGAGCUGCUGAAGGCCGUCUCCUCUCUGUUCAGAUCCGGGGGUCCUCCCUCCUUCACCCAGCUCAUGUCCAGCGUGUCAGGCCUCUUCUGUGGUUACCUGGAGGGAGGCGGCUCCAGGGUCCUGUCCUUCAACUGGUACGAAGACAACAACUACAAGGUGUUCCUGGGGGUCAACGGCACCAAGAACAAGAACUAUGUCUACGAUACGUCUGCCACUCCGUUCUGCAACGCCCUCAUGGAGAGCCUGGAGUCCAACCCUGUCACAAAAAUUGUGUGGAAUUCAGUCAAGCCCCUGCUGAUGGGAAAGAUCCUGUACACCCCAGACUCCCCUGCCGUCCGCAAGAUAUUAAAGAGUGCCAACACGACCUUCGAGGAGCUAGAGAGGCUCCAGAACAUGGCCAAGUCCUGGGAGGAGCUGGGACCUCAGCUCUGGGCUUUUUUCCACAGCAGCGUCCAGAUGAACAUGAUCAGGGACACCCUGAGAAACCCCACAGUGAUGCACUUUGUGGACACCAGCCUGGAGGACACUGACUUUACCACCAAAGACAUUCUGAACUUCCUGCACAGUGGUCCUGAGGAGCAGCGGGAGGCGAGCAUGCCAAACUUUGACUGGAGGAACAUUUUUAACAUCACUGACCAGAUGAUUCGCAUGUUCAACAAUUAUGGAGAGUGCAUCAGUCUGGAUAAGUUUGUGGCCUUCACAGACGAGUCCCAGAUGAUCCACCAAGCCUUGUACCUGCUGGAGGAGAAUAAAUUCUGGGCGGGCGUGGUCUUCAUGGAUAUGUACCCCUGGUCCACAAGUGUUCCGCCACACGUCAAGUAUAAGAUCCGCAUGGACAUCGAUGCAGUGGAGCGCACCAACAAAAUCAAAGACAGGUACUGGGACCCCGGCCCCCGAGCUGACCCCAUGGAGGACCAGAGGUACAUCUGGGGAGGCUUUGCAUACCUGCAGGACAUGAUCGAACACGGCAUCAUCAAGCUUCACACAGACAACGACUGGCCGCUCGGGGUCUACGUCCAGCAGAUGCCUUAUCCUUGUUACGUGGAUGAUCACUUCAUGAUCACACUGAACCGCUGCUUCCCGAUGUUCAUGGUGCUCGCCUGGAUCUACUCUGUGUCCAUGACGGUGAAGAGCAUCGUGCUGGAGAAGGAGCUGCGCCUCAAGGAGACCCUCAAGGCCAUGGGGGUCGACAACGGUGCCAUCUGGUACACGUGGUUCAUCGACAGCUUCGUCAUGAUGACCGCGAGCACGGCGCUGCUCACCUCCAUCAUCAUGGGUGGGAAGGUGCUGAAUUACAGCGACCCUGUCCUCAUCUUCUUCUUCCUGCUGACGUUCACCGUCACCACCAUCAUGCAGUGCUUCUUGAUGAGCGUGUUCUUCAACAAGGCCAACCUGGCGGCGGCGUGCAGCGGCAUCAUCUACUUCACCCUCUACCUGCCUCACGUCCUCUGCUUCGCCUGGCAGGACCGCAUCACCAAAAACAUGAAGUUGGCAGCUAGCUUGUUGUCUCCGGUGGCGUUCGGCUUCGGGACAGAGUACCUGUCUCGGUACGAGGAGCAGGGUCUGGGUCUGCAGUGGGACAACAUCCAGACCAGCCCGUUAGAGAAGGACACCUACUCCUUCCUCACCUCCGUCCUCAUGAUGGCACUGGAUGCUGUCCUCUACGGUGUCCUUGCCUGGUAUCUGGACAAUGUCUUCCCAGGACAGUACGGCAUUGGUCAGAAAUUCUACUUCCCAUUUCAGCCCUCGUACUGGCAAAGAUCUGCAUCUUCUCAUUCAGAGAUGGAUGAUCCAGAUCCUGAGAAACCUGAACCAGACGACCUGGAGAAGAAUGUGGAGGGCAGAGAUACGCCAGAGAUUUACACCUGCAAUGGCUCCAGCAGGAGAACGUGCAAGCACCAAGGCAAGAGGAGGCAGCUGGAGAGAGAGAAGGAGCUGCUGAGACGACAGCAGGAAACUCCCAACGAGGACGAGGAGGGUCAGGACUCAGGGAGGGAAGGCCAGUUGUUCUUUGAGCCCGAACCUGUGGGCCUGAUGUUGGGGGUGCAGAUCCAGGAGCUGGUGAAGGUGUUCCACGGAAGCUCUCGACCAGCGGUCAACUGUCUCAACAUCAACUUCUACGAAGGACAGAUCACGUCCUUCUUAGGUCACAACGGGGCCGGAAAAACCACAACUAUGUCCAUCCUGACUGGACUGUUCCCUCCUACAUCUGGCACAGCCUUCAUUAAUGGAAGAGACAUUAGGACGGACAUAGACAUCAUCCGUUCUUCUAUGGGCAUGUGUCCUCAACACAACAUCCUCUUCAAACAUCUCACAGUGGAAGAGCACAUCCUGUUCUACUCGCUGCUGAAGGGUCGGACUCAGGCGGAGGCAGAGAAGGAGGUCGAGGACAUGCUGGUGGAUCUCGGGCUGCCUCACAAGAGACACGAUGAGGCUCAGAACCUCUCAGGAGGAAUGCAGAGGAAACUGUCUGUUGCCAUGGCAUUCGUCGGAGGGUCAAAGGUCGUCAUCCUGGAUGAACCCACCUCUGGAGUAGACCCAUAUUCCAGGAGAUCUAUUUGGGAUCUCCUGUUAAAAUACAGAACUGGCCGGACAGUGAUUCUGUCGACCCAUCACAUGGACGAGGCCGACUUGCUGAGCGACCGCAUCGCCAUCCUCUCCAAGGGACAGCUGCACUGCUGCGGAUCCCCGCUCUUCCUCAAGAACUGUUUCGGAGUUGGUUUCUAUCUGACGCUCGUAAGACGCAUGAAGGACCUGAGGAAGAGGGAGGUGAGUUUCAACUCUGACACCAAGUCAACCAGCUGCAGUCUUCACCUGGACCGAGUUCUGGAUGGGGACAUAGAAAACAUCACCAGCCUCAUCCACCACCAUGUCCCAGAUGCCAAACUGAUUGAGAUGAUUGGACAGGAGCUCACCUACCUGCUCCCUAAUAAAGGAUUCAAGCACCGUGCGUACGCCAGCCUGUUCAGGGAGCUGGAGGAGACUCUGAAUGAUAUGGGCCUCAGCAGUUUUGGCAUCUCGGACACAUCAUUAGAGGAGAUAUUCAUAAAGGUCACUGCAGAUGGAGAAGCAGCGAAUAAUUCCACCACUCCUGAACACAAUGGCGUGAACGGCACUACCCAUGGUGCAUCAGACAGCAGUGCAGGAAAGGGCUCCCGGCAGGUGAAAGGUGCCGCUCUGACCUCGAAGCAGUUCCACGCGCUGCUCGUGAAGAGGUUUCAUCACGCCAGCAGAAGCCAGAAAGACUUCCUGGCACAGAUCGUCCUUCCUGCCAGCUUCGUCCUGAUCGCUCUGAUCUUCACCACGAUCGUCCCUCCGUUUGGAGAGUACCCCAGUCUGACUCUAACUCCCUGGAUGUACGGAGAACAGUUCACUUUCUUCAGCAACGAGCAGCCGUUCGACCCCAAAAUGAAACACUUCACGGAGCGUCUGUCAGCUCCACCCGGCCUGGGGACACGCUGCAUGGAAGGAGAACCACUAGGUGAUUUUACCAUUUCUCUUUACUCCUCUCCACCCAGAAUGCCCUGCGGUAACAUCACAUCAGCGUGGGCGUUUCCCGACGUCCCCCCUGUUGUCAGCAAUAUCUUAGAGAGUCCUGAGUGGAACCAGAGAAACCCGUCUCCGACCUGCUUGUGCAGCUCCAGUAAGAAGCUGACCAUGAUGCCCAUCUGUCCCGCCGGAGCCGGAGGCCUUCCCCCUCGCCAGCGAACCGAGGCCACGGGAGACACUGUUCUGGAUCUGACAAACAGGAACAUCUCCGACUUCCUGGUUAAAACCUACCCCAGUCUAAUAAGAACCAGUUUGAAGAGCAAAUACUGGGUGAAUGAGCAAAGGUACGGGGGUCUGUCAGUAGGAGGACAACUUCCCAUCCUGAACGUGAACCCCAAAGACAUCCAGACUGUUUUCCAUCAGCUCGGACAGAUCCUCAACAUCACAGGGGGUUACUAUUCAGAACUUGCCCUGCGGGAGAUUGGUCCUUUCUUACGAUACAUGGAAAGUGAAUUUAAUGUGAAGGUCUGGUAUAAUAACAAAGGCUGGCACGCCAUGGUGGCUUUCAUGAAUGUGGCCAACAACGCCAUCCUGAGGGCCUUCUUACCCCCAGGGGCCAACCCUGUGAAGUUUGGAAUCACGGCCAUCAACCAUCCGCUAAACCUCACGAAAGAGCAGCUCUCUGAAGUCACUGUGUUGACCACCUCAGUGGACGCAGUGGUGGCGAUCUGUGUUAUUUUCGCCAUGUCCUUCAUCCCCGCCAGCUUCAUCCUCUACCUCAUCCAGGAGCGGGUCACCAAGGCCAAGCACCUGCAGUUUGUCAGCGGCGUGAGUCCGUUAGUUUACUGGGUGGCCAACUUCUUCUGGGACAUGAUUAAUUACUCUCUCAGCACUGCAAUGGUGAUCGGCAUUUUCAUGGCUUUUGACAAAAAGUGUUACACGUCACCGACCAACCUGCCUGCACUGAUCGCACUGCUCCUCCUCUAUGGAUGGUCGGUGACGCCCAUGAUGUAUCCUCUGUCCUACAUAUUCGACAUCCCGAGCACCGCGUACGUCUCCCUGUCCUGCAUCAACCUGUUCAUAGGCAUCAACAGCAGCGCCAUCACCUUCAUCCUGGAGCUUUUUGAAAACAAUCGGUCUUUGCUGAUGGUUAACGAGUGGCUGAAGAAAGUCCUGCUGGUGUUCCCUCACUUCUGCCUGGGGCGAGGCCUGAUCGACAUGGCCAUGAACCAGGCUGUUACUGAUGUCUAUGCCAGGUUUGGUGAAGAGCACACAGUCAACCCGUUCCGCUGGGACUUUGUGGGGAAAAACCUCACCUUCAUGGCAGUGGAAGGUUUCAUCUACUUUAUUCUCAACCUUCUGAUCCAGUACCGGUUCUUCUCGGACCGCUGGUUAUCAGACUACAAACAGACUGCUGUACGAGAUGAAGACGACGAUGUGGCAACAGAGAGGCUGAGGAUUUAUGAAGGAGGGAGCAAGACAGACAUCCUGCAGAUCAGAGACCUCUCUAAGACGUAUGUGGGCAGGAAGAGGGCAGCUGUGGACCGGAUUUGUGUGGGAGUCCCUGCAGGAGAGUGCUUCGGCCUCUUGGGAGUUAAUGGAGCUGGAAAGACGACGACCUUCAAAAUGUUGACUGGUGACACUGAUGUCAGCUCCGGGGAGGCGACGGUGGCCGGUUACAGCAUCCUGACAGAGAUUCUGGACGUGCACCAGAACAUGGGCUACUGUCCUCAGUUUGACGCCAUCGAUGAGCUCCUCACCGGCAGGGAGCAUCUGUACCUGUACGCUCGUCUCAGAGGGGUUCCAGAGUCAGAGAUCCCGAGAGUGGCGGAGUGGGGCGUCCAGAAGCUGGGUCUGACGGAGUACGCGGGUGUCUGUGCGGGGACGUACAGCGGAGGCAACAAGCGUAAACUCUCCACUGCUAUAGCGAUGAUCGGCUGCCCGGCGCUGGUGCUGCUGGACGAGCCCACGACGGGGAUGGACCCACACUCUCGUCGCUUCCUGUGGAACGCCAUCAUGAGCGUCAUUCAGGAUGGCCGGGCCGUGGUGCUGACAUCCCACAGCAUGGAGGAGUGUGAGGCGCUCUGCACACGACUGGCCAUCAUGGUCAAUGGGACCUUCAAGUGUUUGGGAACCAUUCAGCAUCUCAAGUACAAAUUUGGUGACGGCUACAUAGUGACCAUGAAAAUCAAGGCAGCUAAAGCUGGCGUGUCCCCAGAGCUGGAGCCUGUGGAGAGCUUCAUCGAGAGCUGCUUCCCCGGCUGCGUUCAGCGGGAGAAGCACUACAACACGCUGCAGUACGAGAUCGCCUCCUCCUCCCUCGCCAGGAUAUUCCAGGUGGUGGUGGCCAACAAAGAACGGCUGAGCAUCGAAGAUUACUCUGUGUCUCAGACGACACUGGACCAGGUGUUUGUCAACUUUGCCAAGCAGCAGACAGGAGAGGACGAGGACGUUACAUUACAGCGACGAAUGGCGGGAGGAAGAAAAGACGUGAAGAUCGCCCCAGUGAAGAGGAAAACAUGAAAGUCAGCUGUGAAUGUGCAGAGACACAAACAGAGAGGUGUUUCCCCACAGGGCGGAAAACUAACGGCCACCUGCCUGUCACUGGUGCAGUUUAUCAAAAACCAAGCAUGUCUGACACGGUCCCUGAAAUCAUGUGUGUCGUUUGAAACUGAUGCAAAAAGAGAAUUCCUAAACUGAAAUUACUACAUACAUUGACUGACCUGUAUGAAUAUGUACAUAUUAUACGUGUUAUAAAUACUUAAGCACCUUAGCAGUACGUCUACAGUUACACACACACACACCUCAAUUUUAUUUACCACGUUUUAAUGAAGUGUCAUUUAAUGUUCUCCGAGUGCAAAACCUGUUUACUAUCUUUUCAGUCAUUUACUGUUGUAAAUGUUCAGUAUUUCUUUGUCUACACUGCCAUUUCAUGUCGUUCCUGUGUCAGUACAAAAAACAUGUUCUUCUUGAAGGAUAAUAUCGGCAGUAGAAUAGGUUUUAGACGAAAAUAGCUGUAAAUAAGAGGAAUUCUAUUUUGUAUCUGGCCAAAUAAACUUUAAACAUGCUUUCUACUUCCUGCAGUGCUCAGCUGAUUUCUGCUGCAUCA